AUGACACAUACAACACCACCCCCAACACCUGAUGCCAAGACCUACGCUAUGCCUACCAUGGAAUGGCGUCCUGAGGACAACAUCCCAGAAUGUGUGAAAUCUCAACUCUCGAACAUGGGUCAUUCUCUACUUCCUCAUCCACUGCCAUUCUUCCAUAUCAUACAAGAAUUGAAAAUCAAAAAGAGGACCGGUUGGUUAGAUUUCCAAAUAUGGCCCUGUGAAAGCAUAGCUGAUCACAUGUAUAGAAUGGGAGUCAUGACUAUGCUUAUUCGUGACCCAAAUGUUAAUAAAGAUAAAUGUACCAGAAUCGCACUAGUACAUGAUAUCGCUGAAGCUCUCGUUGGUGAUAUCACGCCCUGUGACCCAUUUGUCAACAAGGAGGAGAAGCAUAGGAGAGAAUUGGCCACUGUGGAAUACCUUUGUGAAAAAUUUAUCAAGCCUUAUAAUGAAAUAGCUGCUGAACAGUUAUUGAAUGACUGGUGGGAUUACGAAGAAUGUAGGUCCAUGGAGGCUCGUUAUGUGAAGGAUAUUGAUAAAUACGAAGUUCUUUUACAAUGCUUUGAAUACGAACGAUUGUAUAAAGGUGAGAAAAAUCUUCAGGAAUUUUUCACUGCUGUUGAAUUAAUUAAGACUGACGAAGUGAAGAGUUGGAUCAAUGAAGUGGUUUGUCAAAGAGAUCAUUUCUUUGAAAACGUGAAUCAAAUAUGCAUUUGA